AUGACAAUAUCUAUCUAUCUAUCAAUCUAUCUAUCUAUCUAUCUAUCUGAGAUAUUCGCGGAAGGACCCGAUUAUAUCUAUCUAUCUAUCUAUCUAUCUAUCUAUCUAUCUAUCUAUCUAUCAUGCACAAAUAUACAUCCGAUCAUUAAACUGAAAUUACUAAUCUUAACAUUGCAACUACCAUUAUCUAUCUAUCUAUCUAUCCCUGCCCGUUUGCAACAAUAUCUGCCUUUUCUGCCUGCCUGCCUAUCUAUCUAUCUAUCUAUCUAUCUAUCUAUCUAUCUAUCUAUCUAUCAGUCUGUCUCUCGGUCUGUCUAUAUAUUAGUCAGUCUAUCUAUCUAUCUAUCUAUCUAUCUAUCUAUAAUUUGUUUAUUUGCAACUAGCUUUAUGUCUCUUCCGCUCUUCUAUUACUUCCAUUUUAGCCGAAAGCCUAUCGCGGUCUCAAUGGCUGGCUUAGAUUCAUGGCACUCUAUCUUUACAUGUUCAUUCUCAAUCAAUUUUUUUUAUCUAUCGUUUCCCUUUUACAAGAAUAUCUGCCAUUUCUGCCUGCCUAUCUAUCUAUCUAUCUCUCUAUCUAUCUAUCUAUCUAUCUUCGAUAAACAUAUACACACGUAUGCUUCUAUCUGUCUUUCUAUCUAUCUAUUUUUAUCAAUAUACAGACACAUAUGCUUCUACCUAUCUAUGAUAAAUAUAUAUACUCAUAUACUUUUAUCUAUCUAUCUAUCUAUUGCCGCCCGUUUACAGAUAUAUCAAUCUUUUCUGCCUGCCUCUCUGUCCGUCUGUCUAUCUAUCUAUCUAUCCAUUUUUUGUCAGAUUCACUGUCACUAA